CUUCAUCUCGUUGCUGAAUGGCCUUAGCUCACCAAAGGCAACUUGGGAGGGAGAGGAAGCGAGGAGAGAGUUAGAAACUAGGGCACUGUUAUCUGGCCCCCUUUCAUUAACCACCAGGCACAAGGCAGAGAAAGAGAAAGAAAGAGCUGUGGACAGGAGAGCAGGGGGGGACAUCAGAAGUGUAGUGAAGCUGUAGACAAGACGGUGGAACAUCUGGAGUCAACACCGGACGUCAAGCAACCGAAGACAAACAAGACAACCUUGUCUGUCCUACGCAGUCUUUACGAUCACACACACACACACACACACACACACACACACACACACACACACACACACACUCACAUCUACACACACACACACACACACAUACACGCUAGCAUUUUACUUCAUCGUGUCAAACACAUCAACACGCGUGCAAACACGGGCACGUGCAUGCACACAACUUUGCAUACACAUCGAGCAGCAACAUGUUUGAGGAACAGGCGACUAAGGUCAAGAUCACGUCCGUGGUGAUUGUGGUGGGCAUGUCGUCGAUGCUGGCAGCGGUGGUGACUGACCACUGGGCCGUGCUCAGCCCCCGGGUAGAGAAGCUCAACGUUACCUGCGAGGCGGCCCACUUUGGCCUCUGGAGGCUCUGCAAGAAAAGUAUCUUCAUUGUGGAGGAGGACCCUCAGGGCAAAGGCUGCGGCCCCAUCAGCUUACCUGGAGCACAAAACUGUUCCUACUUCAAACACUUUACCUCGGGGGAAGAAGCUGAAGUUUUUGAAGUGAAGACCCAGAAAGAGUACAAUAUUUCAGCAGCAGCCAUCACCAUCUUUAGUCUGUUCCUCUUGCUCCUGGGCACCCUCUGUGUCAUCUUCUCUUUCGGGAAGGGACGGGACUACCUGCUCCGGCCCGCUGGGAUGUUCUUCGGCUUUGCAGGCCUUUGCAUCGUCAUUUCUGUCGAGGUAAUGCGCCAGUCUGUCAAGCGCAUGAUCGCCAGUGAUGAGACUAUCUGGAUUGAAUACUACUACUCCUGGUCCUUUACCUGCGCCUGUGCCGCCUUCACCCUGCUCAUCCUCAGUGGAGUGGCCCUGCUCCUCAUCUCCAUGCCCCGCAUGCCACGUAACCCCUGGGAGACCUGCAUGGACGCUGAGCCUGACACCUUAGAUUAGCCACAGGUGAUGCAAUGUCUGAAAGCCUGGUUAAAAUGACAAACAAUACAAGUGGUUUUGCAUCAUUUGCCCUUUAACUACAUAUCCUAUCCCACAUAUUUAUCAUUAUUGCAAGCUAUUUUCAAAAGCAUCAAAAGGUUUGCCCCCACCUUCCAUGUCCGUUGAUUUUGAGUUUAUGUCAGUAAAAUAUUAAAAUCAACUCGGAGAGACUUGUGAUAGAUAAUUAGCCACAGCAAAAACAAUGAACUUCACGUUAUCGUUAUCUUCACAGGUAAAACAGAAGCAAGAAUUCUUCCUUGUUGGUGUUUUUAAGAGCUGAGGAAUGUUCAAGUAACAUCUGAGACUUAAGAGGCAUCUGCCUAGCAAAACUACUUAGCCUUACUAAACUAACAUUAUCGUUUUUUUUUUACAAGGCCCAUGUUGUGACAACAUACCUCAUAAAUGCAGAUGUUGGAGCUUUCCACAAGCACCUGAACACACCCACACACCAAGUGGGCCCUGCUUGUAACUGCAUUGCCACGUGACAAAAAAGUACCAUUAAUGAUAAACAAAACAACUGAAUGUGCAUCAUAGAAUGCCUGUUUGAAGCAAGGUAUUUUAUUUUUUAUUUUUUGCUAAUUGAUUUUACUUCUCAGUGCACUACAAUUAACUGCAACCAGUGGAUGACUGGAUGUCAAGAAAGGAUCAAUCUAGAGAUGUAUGGUCUACUUUGGAAACAAUUUGUAGUAAAACAUGCAAACACACCUGAAUCACGCUUUAAGGUUUGACUAGACCUUGGUCAGAGACUUGUAAAGUGCCAAGUUUUACAAAACAAAGAAUGCCAGUGCUAAAAAAAUAUGUUUAAACAUAUAAUGUAAAAUUGCUUAUGGUCGUUAGUGGCUAACCUGACAACAUCUGAACGGUACUGUAGUCCUACUGUGUCUGUCAAUCUAAUGAAAGUAAAAUGACUUUCAGAUGCUGUUUUAUAAAAAGAACUACAGUAGGACAACAAGCAGACUAGACCAGGCAAGACUGGACUUAAAUUGUACCACACUUAACCAGAUAAAAAUUGUGAACCAUUGCACUGUUACACUUGUGUAAAGUGAAGUAGUUAGUCGUUAUAAUGGGCUACUGUCACCACAGCCCCUCUUUUCUCCAAGGACUUUCUACAAUCUAUCUAGGCCAUUGAUUGUCUAGAGUGAAACCACUUGCCUGAUACUCCCUUGUUGACAUCAGUCAUUUAUUUCAGGUCAAUGUUCAGCCCCUCAGUCUCUGGUGACUUAAGUCCAGGACCUCUAAUCCAUACUAUUGUCCAUAGUAUUUGCUGAACCUCAGGCUUAUGCUUUACGUGUUAGCAAAUGUACUCUGCUUUAACUGAGCAUUCUUUUUUUAGAAAGACAUCAGAAAUAUAUACAGAAAAACCUAUCCUGAGCAGCCAUUGUCCAAUCAUAAUAAAAUCAGCAAUAGCUGUCAUUUUGGCCGAUGGUCGCCAGCUAGAAGUGAGAAACCUGCUUUUGUCGGAAAUCAAGGACUGGGCCAUUGCUUAAAAAAUUACAAAAAUUUCGAGGCAAAAAUCUGCAAUUGUUUUUUUAUUGUAAACUGCAUAUGGAAAGCUUGACACUAAGGGGGGUGUGGCUUAGCAAAUUAAAACUCACUUAAAACAUUGCCACAUAACUGUGGGUUGUGAAGGUUGUGAAGCAUACCUUCGCAUAAAAUAUAUCGUAUUUAAUCCAAAAAGAAUAUCUUUAAAAUGUAUUU